UUUGUCUAUAUAUUUCCAAAUGACCGUUUCGCUGAUGAAAUGAAAAAGGAGGAGAAUAACUCUCAAGAUGAAGACAGUUGCAUUUCUAGUCGUUUUGACUGUUGUGGCCGCUGACAUCGAGUUCUACAAGACGGGCAACGAUAAUUACGAUAUUAAUGCACUGAUUGCUAAUGUAACUAAGCUGCAAGCAUUUAUGGAUUGCUUUCAAGACAAAGCCCCGUGCACUGAACUGACUGCUAGCUAUAAAAAAAACAUCCCCGAAGCUGUCGCGCAGGCUUGCAAGAGAUGUAAUCCAUCUCAGAAACACAUGUUUGCACAAUUCCUUGAAGGAGUCAAAAAAGUUUUGCCUAAGGAGUAUAAUGAGUUCAGACAAAAAUAUGAUCCCGAAAACAAAUAUUUUGAUGCAUUGGAAAAAGAAUUAUCAAAAUACUAAACUUUUAUUAAUGAAACUUAAACUUUUUCAAUUUUUAAAUAUACACCCUAAGGCUUGAAGGUUUGAGGAAGUCGUUAUAAUAGAUAUAGACUCAUAGUAGGUGAGCGAAAAUACUAAAAUAAAUAAUAUAAUAAUAAAUAAAUCCUUGUAUUGCAUAUUAUUUUUCUGUAUCUCUUUUUAUUUAUUGCAAAAAAACACAAAUGUAAUUGUAUUGUAGUAAUUGUAUCAUUUUAACACAUUCAAUUACCAUUAAUAAUUUAUUAGUUAUUAUGACUUAUUUAAGAUGAAAUAUGUAAUCGCCUGAUGAAUAAUUAAAGCAAAUUCU